AUGGAUCUCCAAACUUUAUCGAAUCUUUUCGCGACUACCUACAAUCCUGAUCCAAAUGUCCAAAAGGCAGGAGAACUCCAGAUCCGCAAGGUUGGUGGCCAAGAAGGCAUGGUCACCGCUCUCCUCCAAAUUAUAGGGAGCGACAAUGUUGAGCUUGCAACUCGUCAAGCUGGUGCAGUAUACUUGAAAAAUCGCGUGCAUACAUCCUACUUUGUUGAUCCUGCGGCUCAGCGAGCAGAUCAAGUCCCGAUAGCACUCUCAGAUCGCAAUGCACUCAAAGCGUCUCUUCUCUCGUUGCUAUCUGCAUCACCGUCCUCGCUGAUCACGGUUCAACUUGCGAGUACGCUGAAGAACAUCGUCGCCCGUGAUUUUCCCGAUCAAUGGCCAACACUCCUGGACGAAGUGAAGCGGCUUCUGGCAAGUGGGGAAAUCAAGGAGGUAUCUGCUGGGUGCGUUGCCGCUCUUGAAAUGGUCAGGGCUUUCCGUUUUCGUCAAAAUAAUGACAUACUUCCUCGCCUCGUAUCGGAGUUGUUCCCUACUUUGGUGAACAUUGCCACCCAGCUUUUGACCACACCUCCUGCGAAUGCGUCUGGCGAGAUCCCCUUUAUGCUCCAUCAGAUUUUGAAGACUUACAAGACGAGUAUCGUUCUCCACUUGAGCGCUCACCAGCAGAGUCCAGAAAGCCUCGUGCCCUGGGGUCGCCUCCUAUUCCAAGUGGUCAAUUUGCAGAUACCCGCUGGCGCCGUGCCUGAGGACGAAGAUGAUAGGGAGCGCAGCGAGUGGUGGAAAGCGAAGAAGUGGGCGUAUGGCAUUCUUGGACGCCUAUUCCACCGUUUUGGAAAUCCAUCACAGCUCCCCAGCUCAAUGAAGGACGACUACAACCAGUUUUCGCAACAUUUCGUGACAACGUUCGCGCCGGAGAUCUUCAAAAUCUAUCUCCAGCAAGUCGAGUUAUAUGUGUCAGGACAAUCCUGGCUAUCGAAGAAGUGCCAGUACCAAAUUUUUACGUUCUUCACGGAAUGCGUAAAACCUAAGUCGACGUGGGCUAUGCUCAAGCCACACUUUGAAACCCUCGUGUCUUCAUACGUGUUCCCUCAGCUAUCUUUCACGCCCGCUAAGAAAGAACAGUGGGACAUGGACCCAGUCGACUACGUUCGUACUGCUAUCGAUGAGUACGAGAACUAUGAUACACCGGUUUCAGCUGCCACUUCUUUCUUGUUCUCGCUUGCUAGCAAUAGGACGAAGGCAACGUUCCUCCCGAUUCUCGGAUUCAUUAAUCGGGUCCUGCAGUCAAAACCUGCGUCUCCUCAACGUUUCGGCGCAUUGAACAUGACUGCUGCUCUGGGUCACUACAUCAUGCGCCAUCCCGACGUUAAGGAUAAUAUGGAGCAAUUUAUGAUUCAACACGUGCUUCCUGAAUUUACAAGCUCAGAGCCAUAUAUGCGAGCAAUUGCUUGUGAGGUCCUCGGGACGAUCGAAAAGUCUAACAUGAAAUGGAACAGUGAUGAGAUCCUGAGCCAACAUUUCACGGCUAUUACCCUUUGUAUCGAUGACCCUGAACUGCCCGUACGUAUCCAAGCAAGCUUGGCUUUGACCGAAAUGGUCACCAUGCACAGCACUGUGAAGGCUGCUGUGUCACCACAAGUCGGCAAGGUUAUCCAAACCUUGCUGAAAUUAUCAGAGGAGACGGACCUAGACAUUUUGAACACAUGCAUGGAGACCAUGGUGGAGCAAUAUCAUAACGAACUACUACCUGUUGCUGCCGAACUCACGGCCCGUCUGUGUGAAACUUACUCCCGCUUGGCGCGCGAAAGUAUGGCUGCUGACGAGGCCGGCGGACGAGAGGUUGAUCUUGAUACCCUCAUGGACAACGACACGGGCGAGGAUAAGACUUUCGCUGCGAUGGGCGUUGCGAAGACUAUCGGGACGAUUGUCUCUUCCGUGGAUUCGUCCCCUGAGAUACUUGCACAAAUUCAAGAGAUUAUCAUACCAAUUGUCGUCCAGACCCUUGACAGCAAAUUGCUUGACCUGUUCGACAACAUGUAUGAUCUAGUCGACAGUCUUACCUUCAAAUUGCGCAGUAUCUCUCCCAACAUGUGGCCUGUAUUCGAGUUGACGUACAAGAUGUUUAAGUCGGAUGCUAUUGACUUUCUGGAUGAAAUGUUACCAAGUUUGGACAACUUCAUCUCGUACGGUAUCGAUGUCUUCAAGGCUCGCCCGGAUUAUAGGCAGAUGAUCGUCGACAUCUACACUACGUCUGUUAAUAGCGAACAUCUUGGUGAAAAUGAUGCGGUAAACGGGUCCAAGCUAGCCGAAUCUUUGAUGCUGAACUUGCGCGGUCAUAUCGACGAUUCACUGCAAACUAUCAUCGUUACCGCAUUGAACACAAUGGAUGCAGCUGAUACCGCUGGAUUGCGACUUGCGAAUCUCGAGGUCCUCAUUAAUGCUGUCUUGUAUAACCCUGGCGCCUCGCUUCACCUGAUAGAGUCUUUCCGUACUGGAACAGCGCGUGCAUUUUUCGACAAAUGGUUCGAAGCUAUCAAUACCGACGCUCGACUACCCCGUGUACACGACAAGAAGCUCAGUAUUAUGACUAUAUGCGCGCUCCUUGAGAUGGACCCCGCCCAGAUCCCGGAUUCCGUCAAGGAGGGCUGGUCAGGUAUCGUGGCAGGCGCGUUGAAACUGUUCAAGGACCUCCCCAGGGCUGUUGCAGCACGCAAGGAAAUGGAGGAAGCUUUCCAAGCAGAGUCUGACUCUGACACCGACGCGGAUGAGUCCAAGAUCUUCAACUUGAACGAAGAUGAUGAGGACGUCUGGGACGAGGAUUCUGCAUACUUGGAGAUGCUCGCGAACGAGGGUGCCCGUUUGCGCGAAAAGUCUGAGAGGCAGGCGGCAGGCGACGACGUGUCCGACGUAUCCGAAGAUUCGGACAUAGACGAGGAGCUCGGGUACCUUAGCCCGCUGGACCCUGUCGACCCAUACGUUACCUUCAAAAAUGCGCUGACUGCGUUCCAAAUGAAAAAUGCACCUGUCUACCAGAUCGCAACCACGUCGCUCACCCCUGAGCAGCAGACAUUGCUCAUGGAGGUAAUGCGCAUUGCGGAAGAGAAGAGUGUCGAGUCUCGGGGUGCACAAUAA